AUGUCAGAAGUGGAAAUGAACUUUACAAAUAAUGUAUUCGGUUCUGAAUUUGCUGUAAAGUCAAAUGUUCAAAUAUCAGUUGUGGAUUUCCACAAUUUCACAGGAAGGUUUAACAAAACGAGACAAAAUAGUUCGUCUAGUGGGGUGUUUGAAAGCGAACUAAUUAUACCAUUAUACGCCAUCAUAUUCGUCUUGUCGAUUGUUGGAAACUCUUUGGUACUUGUCACGCUGAUGAGGAACAAGAGAAUGAGGACUGUCACGAAUGUUUAUCUUCUGAAUUUGGCAAUUUCAGAUUUGCUACUUGGAGUUUUCUGCAUGCCGUUUACUCUCGUGGGUCAAGUUUUACGAAAUUUCAUAUUCGGCGCUACGAUGUGCAAACUUAUCCCUUAUUUUCAAGCCGUUUCAGUCUCUGUUGGUGUUUGGACACUAGUGGCGAUUUCACUAGAACGUUAUUUCGCAAUUUGCAGGCCACUAAAGUCCCGUCGCUGGCAGACUCAAUUUCAUGCUUAUAAAAUGAUUGCAGUGGUGUGGCUAGCGAGCCUUUUCUGGAGUGCCCCUGUAUUAGUCGUAUCUUCGCUCAAGGCGAUGAAGGGUCGAGGACAUAAAUGCAGAGAGGAGUGGCCGAGCAAAAGCAGCGAACAAAUUUUUAAUCUGUUCUUGGAUGCGAUGCUGUUGCUGAUUCCAGUGCUGAUCAUGAGUCUUGCUUAUUCGCUAAUUAUGACCAAACUCUGGAAAGGCCUCCGUAGAGAAAUCCAACAUAACAACUCUUUCCAACAACAAAUGAUCCACCGGUCUAACAGUUCUCCAACGAUAAACGGCGAAGUGAACAAAAACAAUAGUCCUCAAAGUACCUCAGAACCUUCUAAUAUCAACCUUCUUCGCCCGACAAAUCGUCUUCUUCCUCCAAGUCAUAAAAAAACACAGUCACGGACCAAAAACGUAAAAAAUUCGAAAAAACCCGGAUCUGUAAAAAUGUGGUUUAUGAAAGGCAUAGUCCAAGUCCGUUUACCGUCUUCGAUCAAAAAAGGGUACACUUGUAAUACUCAAACCAAAAGUACUUUAGUUCCACGCUGCGAACUCACAACACCAUCUUCAGAACACUGUUCAUACAACGAACUUUGUCCAUCGAAUGAUGCCAGUUAUGCCACUUCUUCGGUGGAUGAAACCACGUAUCAUUUUACACGACACGCCAUUAGGUCGAAUUACAUGGACAAAAGUAUCGAAGCGAAGAAAAAAGUGAUACGAAUGUUGUUUGUGGUUGUUGCCGAAUUUUUUAUUUGUUGGGCGCCUUUACAUAUUUUAAACACUUGGUAUCUUUUCUAUCCAGAAGAUGUGUAUUUGUAUGUUGGUUCUACGGGUAUUUCUCUUGUACAACUUUUAGCAUACAUCAGCUCCUGCUGUAAUCCAAUCACAUACUGUUUCAUGAACCGAAAGUUUAGACAAGCUUUCUUAGCGAUCUUCAACUGGUAUAACGUGUGUUAUUGCUGUGCCUGCAUGGAUUCGAAUUCCCACAGAACUCGUACAAAAACAACCCAGAAGAACGGCAUUCAUAAAAUUAUUCAAAAUAACUCCGACGUCUCGUGCAACGAAUCUACAAUAUACAUAGGGCGCCAAAGUACCAUCGGACGAUCCGAAGUAGUCGUUUUGGAAGCUGAAGAUCGUGUUUAGCAGCGGCUCAGAAUACGCUUGUGUGUCAUCAUCAACGAGUGGGAGUCGUCUUGCUCAAGUUGUUGCAGCUGAUCCAGACGAUGAAACUUUUAGGUAUAGGAUCACUUGGGUACGACCACCCAAUAUGCAAAAUCAUUCUAUAGUUGCCAAUCAGAAUCAACUUUAUUCAUAAAAGAAUUUCUGCUGUGCCAAGCAUUUAAGCAAUAUUGAAAAUCGACAUGAUUUUGACACUGUUGUGGGCUUUUAAAUCAUGUUAUAAAGGAAGAGUAAAACGAGUUACCUAAACAUUACAAUCAUUUUUAAACAACGAAAUUAUUCAAUCUGUAUCGUUUUAGUUGAAUCACUGUGUAAUAAUAAAACUAUCAAAAACAAAUUUAUUUGUUUCCUUAUAAAAAAUUACUUAAAAGGUACAUUUUAACUUGGUUUAUAAGCCCAUUUCUAAAUAAGAUACAGCUACAUAAAAAAAAACGUUUUGCUCAAUUGUUUUAAGUACAAAAGUGUUAAAAUAUUAUUGAUAUCUUUUUGUUUAACAAAGGCCCGGUUUCUAGAAACAUAUUUAACAUAGAGUAUUUAACAGAGAGAUAUAUUUCAAACCUCAGUUAAACCAUGGUAACACCAAUCAGAUCAACACUACUAUCGACAGUUAAAUUUUAUGUGAUGUUUAAUCGUA